GUAAAAACCAUACCCAUACCCUAAUCCACACGCAAGGAAAAAAUUCAUUGGUUAAAUUCACUGCAGAUGGACCCUUUGCUGUCGAUUCUCCCUCAAAACUCGAAUUUCCCUACUACAAACCACACAGCAUUUAUUUAAGAAUAGUAGACUCUUGCGAUGGGCUUGUGUGCUUAUCGAAUAAAUCCUUCAUGAUUUUUCCGCAAUCACGUGGCGUUAUAUGGAACCCGUCUGUUAGAAAUCAUGUAGUUUUACCCGACCCUACUAUCAAUCCGAAAGACGCCUACAUUUCUGUACUCGGUUUCGGAGUUGAUGCAGGUCGUACCCACCACAAGGUAGUGAGGUUUGUUUACUGCAGAAACGCGGCCGGUAUCUUUACGACACGGGUUGAGAUAUUUUCCCUCAAGACAUGGAGUUGGCGGAGGUUGAUUGGUGGAGUUGAUCUUACUCUGGGCGCUUAUCCAAGUCUGUUACGUCAAGUUCUCUUGAAUGGGGUUGUGCAUUGGCUCAUCGAGGAAAAACCGAUCGGUGACAAUAGUUUUCGUCGUAGUUAUAUUUUGGCCUUUGAUGUUGGAGAUGAGGUAUUCGGUGAAGUGAUGUUGCCAGAAUGGGAGGCGGGUGGUUCAGGUUUCGCAAAGUUGAGUAUUUUCUUGAUUAACGAAUCACUCGGAGUUGUCAAGUCAACUGGCGAGUCGUGUGAUGUGUGGGUGAUGAAGGAGUACUGUGUGAGAGAAUCUUGGACUAAGUUAUAUACCAUUCGUUUGUUUGAAAAGAUAGAAAAUGUGGUUGCCUUUUUGAAUAGCGGCGAAGCUUUAUUGGCCUUAGAGAAUUCUAGGUUAGUCGUCUAUGAUUCAGAGACUAAGCAUACUAAAGAUCUUGGAAUCUAUGGGACUCCGAGCUCGCUUUAUAUGUAUAAUUAUGUCGAAAGCUUGCUCUUGCUUAGAGGACGGACAUAUUAGUGGAGACGAGUUAGAUACGGUGAUGUAAUAACUUAGAAAUAUGGGAGAAGCUUUUUGCUGAAUAGUAGCCGAAACAAAUUAAACACCGUUGAUGGGGAUGUAAACGAAGGGCAUUUCAGGCAAGACUUUAAAUUAUUCUAUGCAACUCUUAUUGUUUUGAGUUAGAUAUCACUUGAUCUUGAUAUUAUUACAAUUACAAUUUGCAUUUCUAUUUUUCUGCGUAUUGAGCCUCUACAUUUUGUCAAUGAUUUAUUUCUCGUUUUAUAGGCUCGAUAAAUUGAG